GAACAGUGCCUACUCCUAUCAAUCAUGGCCACCGACGCAGCUCCCAUCUUCCCUGUUCUCCAAGAUAAAGUGGCGAUCGUCACCGGCGCGGCUCAGGGCAUGGGCCUCGCCACCGCCGAGGUGUUCCUGCGGGCAGGGGCCAAGGUCGUGCUGGCCGAUAUCCAGGCCAGGCUCGGAGAGGAAGUUUCCCAGGAGCUGGCGCUGCUGGGCCCGGUGCACUUUGUCGCGACGGACAUCUCCAAAUCGGAGGAGGUGCAGGAUCUGGUCGCCGAGGCGGUGCGCGUGUUUGGCAGGUUGGACGUGGCCGUCAACAACGCCGGCCUCACGCCGGACAGGACGGCGCUGCUGGAGUUUGACGAAGCGUACUGGCGCCGGCUGCUCGACGUGAACCUGACUGGCACGGCGCUGUGCUGUAAAUAUGAGAUGCAGCAGAUGCGCGCGCAGUCCCCGCCCGGCGGAGCGAUUGUCAACAUCGCCUCCGUCAACGCCUACAUGCCGCAGCCGAACAUGCCGGCCUACACUGCUGCGAAGCACGCCUUGCUGGGGCUCACCAAGCACGCCGCUGCAGAGGGCGGUCCGGUGGGCAUUCGGGUGAACGCCGUCGCGCCGGGGGCGAUUGUUAGCGAGUUGCUUGCCAAGGGACUGGAGAUCAUGGGCACGACGCCCGACGAGUUCGCGCCCAAGGUGAGCAGCCUGAGCCGGUUCGGCCAUGCACACGAGGUGGCGCAGGGCUCACUCUGGCUCGCCUCGCCGGCGGCGUCGUAUGUGACGGGCAUCUGUCUGCCGAUUGACGGCGGCUUCCUGUCCAAGUGGUGAAACCAUGAAGAUAGCUAUGAUUCAACAUGGGGCUCAUAUCUCUUUCUUUCCUGUAAUGCUAAGCUUUUAGUUAUAAAUCCCUAC